AUGGGAAGAAAGACUAUUUUGUUUCUGAUUGCAGGGGUCCUUGGGGCAUAUUAUGUUUACAUUCCUCUCUCAGAUAAUAUUGAGGAACUCUGGCAACUGGUGUGGAUAGCUACACCUGUGAAAAUGGUAACAAAUUUGGCUUUGUUAGUUGAACUCUUGGGAAUCAAUCAUUUUAUGAAUACUGCAAUGUUCUUUGUGAGCUUUCAAGAAGUCCCACGUACAUCUGAUGAAAAUGUCACCAUGAUGGAGACAACUUUCAGUAAUAUUCCUGUCCGUGUAUACAUGCCAACACUAAAGUCAGAGAUACUAAGAAGGGACUUAGUUUAUAUUCACGGUGGUGGUUGGUGUAUGGGGGAUGCUGCUUUGUUUAAUUAUGACUUUCUGUCAAGACGAACAGCUGAUAGACUUGAUGCUGUUGUUGUAUCAACCAACUACAGAAUAGCACCUAAAUAUCAUUUUCCAAAUCAAUUUGAAGAUGUAUAUAAUGCACUAAGAUGGUUGUUAUGCGAAGAUAUUCUUGAAAAAUAUGGUACAGAGCCUAAAAGAAUUGGCAUUUCUGGAGACACUGCUGGUGGAAAUUUAGCUGCAGCAGUGACCCAACAGCUCAUAGAAGACCCAGAUGUCAAGAUCAAACUCAAGCUUCAGUCUUUAAUAUAUCCUGCCCUUCAGACUCUUGACAUGGAUUUACUAUCAUAUCAGAAAAACCUAGACUCUCUAGUUCUGUCCAAACCAUUCAUGGUCAAGUUCUGGAGUGAAUACUUUACCACAGACAGAUCACUUGAAAAAGUCAUGUUUCAACAUGUACCAAUGAAAUCAAACCAUCUGUUCGGAUUUGUUAAUUGGAGUUCCUUGCUCACUGAGAAGUUUGAGAGAGGCCACUUUGUUAUAUUCCAACCCAUGGUAGUUCUGAGCUGGCUAAAAAAAUAUCCAGGGUUCUUAGAUGUGAGGGCAGCCCCUUUGUUGGCUGAUGACAAGUUGCAUGGUUUACCCCUGUCCUAUAUCAUCACCUGUCAAUAUGACAUCUUAAGAGAUGAUGGACUCAUGUACAUCACACGACUGUAGAACUGAGUUCAAGUGACACAUAACCACAGUGAAGAUGGAUUCCAUGGAGCACUUUCCUAUAAUGGGCUUAAAAUUGGGUAUGGAAUAGAAGAUCGGUAUAUGAGUUGGCUAAGUGAAAAUCUAUAG